CGACAGUCCGAACUUCUCUGCAUUCUCUUUUUUUAAGGACCGGUAUCAGCUGCAGCCUGCAGCAAGUGCAACAAUGGCAGCUUGGCAGCUCUUCUUUCUCCUUCCAUUGUUCCUCUUCUCCAUUCUCUCCACAAACAAUCUAGUCAGAUGUGAUGAUGAAGAUGAUGCUCUUCUUCAAGGCAUUAACACCUACCGGGCAUCCCUGAACUUGACAGCACUAACGAAGAACGACAAUGCAGAGUGUCUUGCUGAUGAAGUUGCUGAUCAAUUCAAGAACCAACCUUGCACAAACACAACAGGUGCUAACACAGUACCGGGCACCGAGACUCAGCUUCCUAACUACCCAACCCUUCUAGCCAAAUGCAAUUUGAAUGUCUCCAAUACAAGGGAUGGCAAUGUGAUGCCUGCUUGUGUUCCCAACCUGGUUCCAACUCUUGUUCUAUCCAACUUCACGCAGUCUCUGUACUCAGGUAGUCUGAACGAUACUAAGUAUACAGGAAUUGGGAUUGGUUCUGAAGGUAACUGGAUAGUUGUUGUUCUCACCACAAACACAUCUGAGGGGAGCUUUGUGACAUACAAUGCAGCCAGUUUCAUGAGCAUGACUGGUGUGUUAUUAUACCAGUUGGUCUUUUUACUUGUAAGUUCUUUCUUAUUGUUGUAAGCCUUGAAUUUCUCUUAAUUAUUUGGUAUUAGUGGGGUGCAUGCCAAUUAAUGUUUCUUUAAGAGUGAUAAGAGAGAAAUGAAGUUAAACAAUACAACCGCUUAGUUUUUGACAAUAUGUCUCA